AAUGCUGCGAGUUCUGGUACGAACCGGAUCAGAAGCGUGCCGUGCAGUGAGCACAUCGACCGCCGUGCUCUCAGUGCAUCCAGUCGUCAAGUCAGAAGAUCUUUCAGCAAAAGAGAUUUGGGAUCGCCGCUCGAAACUUCGUGUUCCGAAAUUGCAAAAAGACGAGCAAUUGUCGUCGAAAGUGUAUUUCGCACCCGAAUGGGAUCUUGAGAAGAAGCCGAAUCUUGAUGAAGGAUUUGUAAAUCCACUGAAAGGAUAUGGAAUGACACCUGAGAAAUGGGAAUAUUAUAAUAAGGUCGUAUGGCCACCAAACUACAUUGUACCCGAAACAGGGCUCCCAAAACCGAAAGAAGUAUUCCAUUGCAAGGAAUCGGUUCAUUUUUCGCCCAAAAGAAUGUGGGCGGCAUGUCAAUUGGUUUGGAAGAUGAAUGUUGAUGAAGCAAUCACACAAUUGGAUAUGCAACAGUUAAAGGCGUGCAACCUUCUGAUGGAUACAAUCAAGAAAGCGAAAAGCCGAGCAGCCGACGAAUUCCAUAUCGAAUAUCCGUCACAAAUGUAUGUGGCCGAUGCGUUCCCCGUUCAAUCGAAUAUUGUUAAAGGAGCCCGCCGUCACGCUCACGACAACUGGAACACCAUUCGAUACCGAUACAUUCACAUUUUCGUCCGUCUAGAAGAAGGUCCGGCUCCACAGCAAAAACAACGUCAUCCACAGAAAAAUGGUUGGGAUCAUAUGGACGAGUACUACAAUUAUCUUCGCUCUCGAACCGUUAAAUAUAGUAUUUAGGAACUUUUUUAGACAAUUUUUUCGUUUUUUUUUGUUAUAAUUUUUGUUGAUCGAUUGGUAAAAUUUUU